ACUUCGCAAGCAUAAGUGUUUAGGCAUUCCUCCCAAGCACGUCACCAUGGCAACUGCAUCGGUCUGGAUUGGUCGCCUGCUACGCUAUCGAAAUGAAUAUCUGGCAGCGUUGUCUGCCACGUUGUGCAUCUUUAUGGUCGUGUGCUCAAACGCCUGGUCUUCGCCGGCUCUGCCGAAGCUGCUGAAGGAACCAAACCCACCGGUAGAAAUAACGCCCGGUCAAGGCUCAUGGAUCGUAUCGAUUCAGGCUAUCGGUGGUAUCUUCGGGAUGAUCCUGACGGGGCUCAUUGUGGACCGGUUCGGACGCAAGUGGCCCUUUAUCGCUAGUGCCCUGCCUGUCAUAGCCGGUUGGAUUAUGAUCGCGCUGACAGAAGUCUCGAUCUGGCUCUACGUGGCCCGCUUCCUGUUCGGGAUGUCGUACGGUAUGGCCUAUGGCAUCGCUCCCAUCUACAUCGGUGAGAUUGCCUCGGAUGCAGUCCGAGGUGCGGCUGCAUCACUCAUCACCGUGAUGGCCAAGUUAGCUAUCCUGUUCGAAUAUUCUGUCGGACCGUACGUCGAUUUCGAGACGCUAGCGUGGCUCUCGAUGAUCGGUCCGGUGCUGUUUCUGCUCACCUUUGCGUGGAUGCCUGAGUCUCCACACUACCUUCUUAGUCGAGGUCGCUGUGAUGAAGCCCGACGUUGUCUUCAGUGGCUCAGGAGACAUUCGAAUGUGGAGGAAGAACUCAUCGCCACACGGAAAUCCAUCGAGCGGACGGUCAGCGAGCGUGGAUCCAUGCGUGAACUUCUGUUGCCGGAGUACCGAAACAAUCUCAUCAUUGUUCUUAUACUCGCUUUCGGCGUACAGAUGACCGGCAUGCAGGCGAUCCUCAGCUACGCCCAGACCAUCUUCUCCCAAAUCUCAAGUGACCUCACCGAGGCCGAAAUGUCGAUCGUGCUUGGAGCGGUGCAGAUGGUGACGGUCCUGUUCCCAGUCGUGCUGGUCGAUCGGGUUGGACGUCGCCCACUAAUGCUGUGGUCUUCCGUGGGAAGCACGUUGGGACUCCUACUCGGGGCCAUUUACUUUACGCUCGAUGCAGCGGGCGUUUCUGUGGGUGACUUUGGGUGGGUGUCCUUUGUGGGACUGGUGCUUUUCGUGGUUUCCUAUGCGUUUGGUCUCGCUACCAUACCGUUUGCGAUAUUGAGUGAAAUAUUUCCGAAAAAUAUUCGCGCCUACGCUAAUGCCCUAUUCGGUAUCCUUAGUGGAGCCUUGAUUUUUGCCAUAGUGAAGUUGUUUCAGGUGGCACUAGACAACGUUGGAGCGUAUCUUCCAUUUUGGGUGUUUACCGUUAGCACCGGGCUCACACUUGGGCUCGUCUUUCUAUUCAUUCCCGAGACAAAGGGACGCAGUUUGGACGAGGUGCAGGACAUUAUUGCCGGAUGGCGUAGGAGGCGCAAUUCAGCAGACAUCGUGCGUACUGCUGCUCUGUAAA